AAAAAUUGUUUCCAAGAAGCUCCAAAAGAAAAUUAACAAGAAAGAAGCUUUGAAGACUGUCCAUGAAGAAAUUAAAGCAUCAUCCUUAAAAAAAAUGAAAUGUCCUAGUUGUGGUGGAACUGAUCAUGAAAGGUCCAGUAGCGCAAAAUGUCCCUACCGUGUUAAAAGAAAAGCUGAAACACAUAAAGACUUUAACAGAACCUCUAUUGUCAAAGCCAACUUGAUAAACUGUUGCAAGAAUGAAAAAAAAAAUGGUAUUAGAAAUUCAAAAAUUGGUACCUUAUAUCACACGAAUUGUUUAUGCCAGUGCUAUAUUUGCCAACUACUACUAUCUUGAUCAAAUAAAGAAUAAACAAAUGCCUCAUGCUAUUACACAAGACUGGUUCUAUCAACUUUUCUUUUGAAUUACUGGACAAGGAAAAAAAAAGUUGAAGAUGAAGUCAAAAAUGGCUUUGAUAAAAUUUUGCACAUCAUGAUUACCUUACAAGAUUAAUUUAGAAGAUGACAAGAGCUAAGGAUAUCAAACUGUAGUAUCAAUAAUGGCUAAGCAAUAUGGAACAUCAGUACGUAACAACAUGUCAAGCAAUUUUGAAUCAAGAACUAUUUGUUACUUUCUCAGUAUCUUUUCAAAUGACAAGCACAAACUCUCUUGUGAUAAAGAAUUAACUGUCGCUCAAAGAAAAUCACUUGUAACGCAUAUUUAUCACAAAAAAAACCAAGUCCUUCUACUGCUAAAUGGCCCUCUACUAUUGACAACAACAAGGAGA